AAAGAUCGUUUGUGUGUCGCUAUUGUCGAGGCCGUGUUAUGUCGUCAUCACGACGUGACGGCUUUUGUGGAAUUGGUUGCAGUUGUCGUGUUUGACCACACGAUGUCAGUAGAGUAGUUCCAGCCUCUAAUCAUGGCGUCAAGCAAGUGUCCCGUUGGUUUCUGAAACUUCCAAUCGUAAUUCGUUGAAAUACAAUCAUGAACAUUGGACACCAGAAUUAAUUUUAAAAGGAUAUAAAUUGCCCAUAUUUCCUGGCAAAAUUUGGCGUUCACCAGGUCUCAUGGACACCUUUCAAGUUCCAGUUGCUGUCAGGCAGAGGAAAAACAAGAUUUAACAAUAAAAGACGCUGCUGACCAACAAGAGCCAACAUGUCUGAUUCAAAGAAGAUGACGUCCAGUCGCCGGCAUCACCUCAAGAGUGUGAUGCUCCAGAUCGCUGCCAAUUGGCUCGAGCAGGAGAAGAAAGACCAGGAGGUGGCCAAGGAGGUCUACAUGGCCGAGACCUGCCCCAAACCGGACCUCAGUGGCGACAUGGCCAGCCUGGUGGAAAUCUGCAAGAAACUUCAAUCGUCCAUCGACAAGAUUGACGACGCUCGCUACGACGUGGAAGCCAAAGUGCUGAAGUUCGACAUUGAGAUCCAGGACCUGAGACUGAAGGUGGUGGAGCUGGCGGGCGUCAAGAAGCCGGCCCUGAAGAAGGUGCGCAUGUCGGCUGACGCCAUGUUGCAGGCCCUCCUGGGGGGCAAGCACAAGACCACCAUCGACCUCAGGUCCAACCUCAAGCAGGUCAAGAAGGAGAUCAAGGAGGAGCCCACAGAGGCGGUCGGCGACUGGCGCAAGAACAUCGAGGACAAGGCCGACAGGAAGAAGAUGUUUGAGACCUCCUAAAACUCCAAACAAUACACGCCCCUCCCCCCAACACCCCCACAUUGGACACGCACAACAUAAAGAUAAAAAAUGUAUCCGCUUGUUUGAAACGGACUCAUUUUAUUCCUCCGGCUUGCAAAAUUAUAACCUGCUUAUUGGG